CACACGUUUUGUUUAUUUCCUUUCACUGAGCGUGUUCAUUUAGCAAUCUUGAUAUUACCCAGCGCCUCCUUAUUGUCGUGCAGGCCACCGUGCGGCUUGUUGGAUGUAGUAAACGGCACGCUGUCGCACUCAUACGAGUAAACACGGUGACAGGCACACAGAUUUAAUUCAGCUUUGACAUCCGGUGUAACACGAGUGUGAUUGUGUUGUAAAAAUGUGUACUGUUGUCAGAAAUAACUGGCAGGCUGCAGGCCACCUCGCAUAAAUAGUCCGGCCCCCUGUACUACUGAACAGGUGCAGUAAACAAUCUAAGCCUGCAUGACAUGCUGUGGCUUUUUAUUGCAAGUAACAAGCCAAUGAAUUAAAAAAGCAGCCAACAUAUGUGCAGCAUAGUUCUGUCUGCUUCGGGGUAGGGAGGACGCAAGUGUGUUGGUUGUUUUAGGGCUUUGUUGAGGUCGACGUCCUAUUGAUGACAUCAUCUCCACAGGACUGCGUGGAUCAGCUUUUCCCUGAUGUGAAGAAUAGAGAUAUCCUUCUGUCAUUAGCCAGCAUUAGUGUCUGUCUAGCUGUUAGACCGAGCAGAGGGACAUUCCAGGCAAAAGAGGCCUCAGUUGGGGGGCCUCUUUUAAAACAAUGUCCUUGCGUGCAGAAUUGUUCCUAUCAAAAGCAUAGUCAGUUUUUCACAGCAACACAUCCUUCCAAAGAACUAUUUUAACAACAACUUGCUGGUGAAUCUCCUGGUCUCUCACCACUGUAGCUGCAUCCACGUGUAUUUCUCCUACUUGACUGAAAACUGAAUUGAGCUCAUUAGAAUUCCUGUCCAGUGGAGCCUGAGAGACAUACAAGAUGAUCCAAUGUCCCAGUUUGGACACUCAUUGAUUCAGACAGGGACCGUCUAAGAAAACACUUUCAAUCUAACAGCCAGAGUAGUUGGUUCCUUUUCACCGCUGGUUUCCUCAAAGCUAUUAUGUCCUCCCUUGAGAUGUGAAACUGUCCGGCAUGGAAAAGCAAAUGCAUUCAGGAGGAUAACGACACCCCCACUGAGUGGUGAACACUAACGUCCAUUAAUGGUGCACAAGCUUCUGCAGUGCAAUCCAAAAGAUUUGACAAAGAAAGCACUUUCUCUUUAACUGUGCCAAAUCUUCAGUGAAUUACCUCACUCUCUCUCUCACUCUCUCUCUCUCUCACUCUCUCCCUCUCUCAGCCUGACUGCACAGACAAGGUAUAAUAUUUCUAGGUGCUUUUGUUAUUCCUGCAAAGUUUGUAGUGUUUAAGGUGGUGUCUUGUCUCGCAUUCCUCAGAAAUACCCUUUUGUCUGUUUUUUAUUUUCUGUACGUCGAUUAUUUCUCUGCUCUGCUUAACAUUGUGUUGGCUUCUCACUGAAAUUUCUAUCGCAGAUCAUUUACUUGUACUAUUAUUCGUUGCAGGUUUUGCCUUUUUCAGGGACAUUAGAAAUACUGAGGUCACAAGUCCCCCCGAGUAGCCCCCCACUCUGAGGAGAGUUUAAUCAGUGACCAAAAACAAGGUCCCUCCAUUGUUUUUAAUUACUUGGAGUUUUUUUUGUUUUUGUUUAUUCAAUUAAAGCUAGGGUUGGUAUUCUUGAGAAACUAGCAAGAGUAAGCUAUAUUUAAAAAAGUAUAAUUAUUAACAGAAACAAUGAACAUAGCUAUUGUUGGCACUCACAGCUGUCAUGCCAGCAGCUUGAGAACGACUGAUGGGCAUGAGAGCACGGGCGCUGACGGAAAGGCUGAAUGCUUUAUUUUCUUCAUAAUUUUGCGGCCUCAAACAUAAUGAGAUUCAAAAUAAUGAAUCUCUUUUAAAUAUGCAUCAUGUUGUUGGUAAUUGUAGAACAUAUCAUUCCUCUCAGGUUGCUAAAACUACUCACUCCAUAAAUGAUCAAAUGGAGUACAGGGACCUGACCUCAGCUUCCUCAAUGCCCAUUUUGCUUUCAUUUUUCUUUCACUAUAAUGUAGAAUCCAAAUGCAGAAAAUAAAUCAAUCUUUACUAGUAUAAACAUGAUUCUCUUUGUACACACGCUUCCACGCGUGUUUGCUGUGCUGUAACCCUUAGACAAGACUGUGCCUCCGUGUUAGCUAUUUAUAGGCAGCAUUUUGCAUUCACAGCCCCAUAUUUUUAUCUAACGCCAGCAUGUAUCCAAGCGGAGGGAUGUCUGCCACCAUACAGGCCAACAGGCUACGAGCGGAAGGCAUGGGCUCCAAGGAGCAGGCCAUACACUUCUCCAACCAGGACUACGAGGCGCUGAAGCAGGAAUGUUUGGAGUCCGGCUGCCUGUUCGAAGACUCUUAUUUCCCCUGUGAGCCUCCAUCCCUGGGCUUCAAGGAGCUCGCCCCCCAUUCCUCCAAAACGAGGGAUGUGGAGUGGAUGAGGCCCACGGAACUGAAAGACGAUCCUCAGUUCAUUGUGGGUGGUGCCACUAGAACUGACAUCUGUCAGGGAGCGCUGGGCGACUGCUGGCUCUUAGCCGCCAUCGGCUCUCUCACCCUGAAUGAGAGGCUUCUUCACCGGGUUGUCCCUCAUGGCCAGUCCUUCCAAGAUGAUUAUGCUGGAAUCUUCCACUUUCAGUUCUGGCAGUUCGGCGAAUGGGUAGAUGUUGUGAUAGACGACAGACUGCCUGUCAAAGACGGCGAGCUCAUGUUUGUCCAUUCUGCUGAGGGCAACGAAUUCUGGAGUGCCCUCCUAGAGAAAGCUUACGCCAAGCUGAGUGGCUCCUACGAGGCUCUGUCCGGAGGAAGCACCACCGAAGGGUUCGAGGACUUCACAGGUGGUGUGUCUGAGAUGUACGAGCUCCGCAGUGCUCCCAAAGAUCUGCACAGGAUAAUAGGCAAAGCCGUGAAGAGAGGCUCUCUGCUGGGCUGCUCCAUCGAUGUAAGUGCUGCACACGCUGGCACAGCACCACGCGGAUCAAUGUUGCACCACCUUGAGCAAACCAACAGCAUUAAAAGCCUUUCUAUUUAUUUCCGCGUCAUUCAAUGCAGUGAUCAUGCUUUCAUAUCAUUGCAGAUCACCAGCGCCUUCGACAUGGAAGCUGUUACAUUCAAGAAGCUUGUGAAGGGCCACGCCUACUCAGUCACUGGACUGAAGGAGGUUAAUUUCCAAGGCAACAUGGAACGCCUCAUCCGAAUACGUAAUCCUUGGGGUCAGGUGGAGUGGACCGGUGCCUGGAGUGACAAUUCUCCUGAGUGGGAUGAGAUUGACCCGUCCGAACAAGAGGAUCUGCACCUGAAGAUGGAAGACGGGGAGUUUUGGAUGUCUUUCGAUGAAUUCAAAAGGCAGUUUUCUCGGCUAGAGAUCUGUAACUUGACUCCUGACGCUCUGAGCGAGGACGGUCUCGGCCACUGGAACACCAACAAGUUCUACGGCGCGUGGAGAAGAGGCAGCACCGCCGGAGGCUGCAGGAACCAUGCCAACACGUUUUGGAUCAACCCUCAGUACAAGAUCACGUUGCUGGAGGAGGAUGAUGACCCAGAGGAUGACGAGGUGUCGUGCAGUUUUCUAGUAGCUCUCAUGCAGAAGGACCGCCGCAAAUACCGGUGCCAUGGCCAAGACAUGCACACUAUCGGCUUUGCUCUUUAUGAGAUUCCAGAAGAGUACAAAGGCUGCCAGAAUGUCCAUUUGAAGAAAGAUUUCUUUUUGAAACAUUCAUCGUGCGCUCGCUCUGAGACCUUCAUAAACCUGCGAGAGGUGAGCACGCGGCUCCGUCUGCCCCCCGGAGAGUACCUCAUCGUGCCCUCCACCUUUGCCCCCAGUCAGGAGGCUGACUUUGUCCUCAGAGUCUUCACUGAGAAGCAAUCAGAAACACAAGAACUGGAUGAUGAAAUCUCCGCUGAUUUAGGAGAUGAUGAUGAAAUAACUGAAGACGACAUUGAUGACUCUUUUAAGUCCAUGUUCGCCCAGCUAGCAGGAGAGGACAUGGAGAUUUCUAUUCACGAGCUUCAGACCAUUCUAAACCGAGUCGUCUCCAGGCACAAAGAUCUAAAGACCGAUGGCUUCAGUAUGGAGUCAUGCAGGACCAUGAUUAACCUGAUGGACAAAGAUGGUAGUGCCCGUUUAGGGCUGGUGGAGUUCCAGAUCCUCUGGAACAAAAUCCGAAAGUGGCUGGUCAUUUUUAGAGAUUUUGACCUCGACAAGUCAGGGGCCAUGAGCUCAUAUGAGAUGCGUCUCGCUGUGGAGGCAGCAGGUUUUAAACUGAAUAACAGACUGAACCAGAUUCUGGUGGCCCGGUAUGCAGAGAACGAGAUGGUUGACUUUGACAACUUCAUCUGCUGCCUGGUCAAGCUUGAAGCCAUGUUUAGGUCUUUCCAGCAGUUUGACAAGGAGGGAUCAGGAGAGGCUGAAAUAAAUGUCACAGAGUGGCUUUACCUGACAAUGUGUUGUUGAAGAGGGCCUUCUUCACUGGAGGCAGACGGUGAAAGGCACAGAGCCUGCGGAUUGCUAUGAACCCGGAGAACCAAUGAUUCGUCAACCUUAGCGACCUUUAACACAUCCCACCUCGGCCUAUGUAAGAAACAAAAUGCAGUCAUGUCAAGUGUCUCCCGGAAAAUUUGAUAAACUAUGCAAACCUGCAGUAUGAAGCAGUCAGUGUGCCACAUAUAUCUGUCAUCUCUGUAGAAACUGCAUGUCUCUGGCUGCGCAUGACAAACAUCACUCGCUGUAAUGUGCCUCGUUGCAAGUGGAUUCAGCCUUUCUACAUUUCAGUCUUGAUUUUCUGUCUAUAAUUUCCAACAGAUUUACUAACAAUCAGUAUUUCAAACUCUUGACUAAAAGCUUUGUUGCCAAGAAACACAUAGAAGUAGACAUCUGAAGACGCCUGUUACUGUAAUGCUUUAAAACGGGAUGUCUUAUAGAUUGUCUGGAUCUUUCAGCAAAGAUUAACAAGAAAUGAUCGACUCAGUUACGUUGGUAGUUAUAUUAUUUGACCUGUAGAUGGCAGUACAGAUCUAAUGUAAAGUUCACCUUUAAUAUAUGACACAAAUGUGUUCCUUUAGUUGAAGUUAUUUAGCUGCACUUUGUUUAGCUUUACUUGAUUGUUCUGUUAUAUUGCACUGAGAAAUACCAUAUUUCAGUCAACUCAAGGGCCAUUUACAUGGAUCAUACAAUACUUGCCUUAUACAGCACACCAUGUUAUAACAACUAAUACACGUAUGCCAUUCAUGUGUUUUGUGUAGCGAGUGUAUGUUGUGCCUUCAAAUAAAAAAAAUCCCCCUAAUGGUU